AUCGAGGUCGAGAAGCAAAAGAGAGCGAACGUCAUUCAGCUCAUAGACGAAUUCAUCGGGAUGCGAUGGCUACACCAUCCCAACAUCAUAAAUUAUAUGGAUGUUUUUCGCUAUGAGAACGAACUUUGGGUGGUUACAGAGGGGAUAUCAGACACGAUAACGCUUCAAAAGGUCGUAAUAACUAACGCUAGCAUGUCGAUGGCAAAAAGGGAAUCUUUCAUUGCUACUAUCCUUCCUCAUCUUGCACAGGCUUUGGAUUACCUUCACCGGCAUGGCAUAAGCCAUAGAGGUAUCGAUAUGGAGAACAUACUCUUCAGCAAAAUGGGGCAUGUACGAUUGAAACUUUGUGCGAUGAUACCUGAUCCCCAUAGUUUGCAAAGCAGUCGUCCGUCACCUCCAGAAGUAACUGCUGGCCAGCCCUAUGGCUUCAAGUCGGACAUCUGGAAUCUAGGAGCGCUUAUAAUUGGUACGCAUUUCUGUUUUCUGUUUUAA